UUGAAAUCUAGGGUGUUUUUUUGUCUUCUUUUACCAGUUGCAGACAUCUAGGGUUUCUCUUUGUCAAUGGACUGUGCCCUAACCGGCUCGUUCAUAGCGAAGCAACUCGCCUCAUGCGACAAAAAAACCAGAGACAGGGCUCUCCAAACCCUAAAAACAUGGCUUCCUUCGCAGCACCAAGUGCCCGAAGAAGAGAUGAAGAAGAUCUGGAAAGGGCUCUUCUACUGUGUCUGGCACGCGGACAAGCAACCCGUACAGCUCGAGCUCAUCAAUCGUCUCACUUCGUUGCUCGUAAGUCUAGAUCUCGUUGUUUCUUUUCAAUACAUUGAGGUUUUUUUGACUACAAUGGGUCGUGAGUGGAGUGGUAUCGAUUUUCUGAGGUUGGAUAAGUUUUACCUUUUGUUUAGGAGGUUUAUCCACAAUUUGUUCUUUCUGUUGAAGAAGAAUUCAUGGGAUAUUGAGCUUUUGAGUCGUUUUAUGGGUGUUUUGGAGGAGAAGACUUUGUUGGCUAAUGAUAAGUAUCCAGCUCAGGGUGUUAAUUACCAUAUCUCUGAGAUUUUCUUGGAUGAACUCAAGCCUUUUCUUCCAAUUAGGAGGGAAGCACUAGAUGCCUUGUUGAGUCCUUUCUUUUCUGUGAUGAUGAAAUCUGCAGACAAGGUUCAGUUGAAUAAGAUUAAAUCCAGCAUGUUUGGGUGCUUGCUUAGAAAUGGAAGAAAGCUUUUGGAUCUCAGAAAAUCAGGGGAUGAUGUUGAUUCCAGUGAUGAAGUGGUGUUAUUUGGGACAAUAGCUUUGAAUUUGGGACUUUCCUCAAAGUUCUUUGAUAUGGGUUCUUCUUCAGACUGUCUUCAAGGCAAUAGGAAAGUGUUGUUUGCUUUGCAUAAGGAGUUUCUCAAGUUAGCGAAGGAUUUGGAAAAUGCUGGGAUAGAGAUUCCGUAUCCGCAGGUUGAAGAUGGCAAUGCAGAUGAGGUGCCUGAUUUGAUUCCUAUUAUCGGGCAGGAUGUUCAAGCAGCUGAAGUCUCCUCAGAGCCAGUUGAGGUGGCUGCUGUAGUUGCUAAUGGUUCAGCUGACAAACCUUCGAAGAAGAAUAAGAAGGCCAAGAAGGCAUUGGUUGGAAAUGGGAAAAAAGCUAAAAAAGUUAAAAAGAAUAAGAAUGUUGUUCCUGACUCCAUGGUGUUAGAAAAUGGCACCACCUCUGAUGACCAGAAUGAGGUUGUAAAUGUAAACAAUGGCGAGAAUUCAAAUGAUGAUGGUGAAGUGAAGGAUAAGGAUAACAGCGACAUUGCAGAUAUUGAUAUUUCAAAUGGAAACCUGACACAUGAUGGAAAUUUGAUUGCAUUCAGUGAAUCUGUGAUAUCAAAUCUACAGAUGCAGUUUGAGAAAGUUGCUGCUGAGGUUGGCAUGGGUGUGGAUGGUAUGAGCUCACUUGAUUCACCUACAUCAGUGAUUAAUCGCUCUGUAUCAAAAAAGAGAAAGAGAUCAAAGAGUACAGAUGGGCAGGUUUCUCAUACUCUGGGUUUGUGUAAUCCGGGAGUUGUCGGAGGUAGUGCAGCUGGAAAGAGUGGGGAAAAUAGUGCCAAGAAGGUCAGGUUUUCCAUGAAAAAUAAUUUGGUGUGGAAACCCCACAGUCCCUUACCUCCACAAAGUUUGAGGUUACCACCAUCUGCGACUCCUAGAGGUAGUGCACUUAAGAAAGGGAUUCCUGCAGGCCCUAUUAGAGAGAUUCCACCCACAACAAAAAGGGUGAAGCUGAAGACAAGUUCUGUCAAGAAGGGGCGGAAGGCUAAAAAGAGUGUUUUGCCAGCCAUCAAACAAUUAAGGAAGUUGCGAUCCCUUUCUGUUUAAUCCAAUUGUGGUAUCAGGAUUGUAUUGUAUCACUUCGAGUGUCAGUGCUGUUAUGUUUUAAUUUAUCAAAGUUUAAACCUCUGGCAACAGGUGCUCUGCUGUUCCUUAUUCUACAUUUCAGUGGAAUAAGAAAUAUUGAUGUGAUUUCAUGAAUGAUUCUUUUGUCAAAACAGUAAAUGUUGGCUUUAGU